AUGGCACCUCACAAAGGGAAGGAAAAGAAAGAAGAGCAGGUCAUCAGCCUUGGACCUCAGGUUGCAAAGGUAGAGAAUGUGUUUGGUGUCUGCCAUGUCUUUGCUUCCUUCAGUGACACCUUUGUCCAUGUGACUGAUCUCUGUGGAAAAGAAAGCAUCUGCCGAGUGACUGGUAGAAUGAAGGUCAAGGCUGACAGAGACAAAUCUCCCUAUGCUGCUAUGUUGGCCGCUCAGGAUGUUGCCCAGAGAUGUAAAGAACUAGGCAUCACUGCCCUUCACAUCGAACUUUGGGCCACAGAAGGAAAUAAGACUAAGACACCUGGCCCUGGGGCACAGCCAGCCCUGAGAACCCUGGCACAUUCUGGAAUGAAGAUCGGGCCGAUUGAGGAUGUCACUCCAAUCCCCUCUGACAGCACUUGCAGAAAGGGUGGUUACCAAGGUCGCCAUCUGUGA